AUGAGCCAGAAUCAGUCCCUUUGCGAGUCCUACCACGACCCUACAACAUCUGCUCCUUCGGGCAUCUACAGAUCCCAAUGUACUACUUCUGCACAAUAUGUCUCUUCUAGACUAACGCGAGCCUGCACCGAAUAUUUCCUCCACUCAGCCAUCACCAACUCGACCGACCUCGAAACCCCUCUGGACACCUCAGAACCAGACGUGCUUGAGGAGACCGUCCCUCGAAAAUGA